CAGACCACCGAUUAAUUUCAAUUUUCUCUGCCAGUUCUUUUUUUCUAGCAUUUAUUGGAAUUACAGCAAAUCAAGGUUUCUACUUGCUUGGUUUAGAGAACACAACUCCAACCUUUGCAUCAGCAAUACAAAAUUCUGUCCCUGCUAUAACAUUUCUAAUGGCAGUAAUAUUAAGAAUAGAGCAAGUGAGACUGAAUAGAAAAGAUGGAUUGGCCAAAGUGGCAGGAACAAUAUUCUGUGUAAUUGGUGCAACUGUGAUUACAUUAUACAAGGGUCCAACAAUAUAUACUCCAAGUAAUCACGUAAAUAGUACUGCAACAUUGAUAACAGAAGUAACAACAACACCAAUGAUUUAUUUUGGAACAUGGUCUUUUGGGUGAUGCUGAAGAAAAAAAAACUGGACACUUGGAUGUGUUUAUCUUAUUGGUCAUUGUUUGUCUUGGUCUGGUUGGCUUGUGUUUCAAGCACCUCUCCUUAAGAAGUACCCUGCUCGUCUUUCUGUCACUUCUUAUACGUGUUUCUUCGGUCUCUUGCAAUUUCUUGUUAUUGCUUUGCUUUGCGAAAGAAAUGCUCAAGCUUGGUUAUUUCACUCUGGCGGCGAAGCUUUCACCAUUCUAUACGCCGGAGUGGUGGCAUCUGGAAUUGCUUUUGCAGUACAAAUAUGGUGUAUUGAUAGAGGAGGUCCAGUGUUUGUUGUUGUGUAUCAACCUGUUCAAACUUUUGUUGUUGCUAUUAUGGCUUCUAUUGCUUUAGGAGAAGAGUUCUACUUGGGAGGGAUCAUUGGUGCAGUGUUGAUUGUUGCUGGACUAUACUUUGUUUUGUGGGGUAAAAGUAGAGAGAAGAAAUUUGCUAAAGAGCAGCUUGCAAUUGCUUCAUCCAUUACAGAACAUAGCAACAUUAGGCCUACAAGUGUUGUUAAAGGAUCAUCACUUAAUCAACCAUUUCUCUCUUCAUCAAAUGAAAAUGUUUGAUC